AUGGAGGACAGGGUGUGGAGUGUGUGGCUUCUUGUUGCUUUGACGCUGGGAUGGACGGAUGCUCAGGGUCAGGACAACUCAACCAGGGAGACUCGUCUGACUGAGGCUGUCGACAACAUAUGUGAGCGCAUCCUGCAGUACAACGUUCACGCAGAGAGGCCCGGCAGCCUCCGCUACGCCAAGGGUGCCAGUCAGACCAUGACAACUCUGAAGAACCUGGUCCAUAAAGGAGUUAAAGUGGAGCUGGGUCUGCCGUUCGAACUGUGGGACGAGCCUUCAGUGGAGGUGUCGGACAUGAAAAAACAGUGUGAGACGAUGCUGGAGCAGUAUGAGGACGUGGUGGAGGACUGGUACUUCCACCAUCAGGACCACAGACUGGAGAACUUCCUCUGUGAGACACACGUCCUCAAGACAUCAGAGCAAGAAUGUCUAAACGAGAUGUGGAAAGCAGACGUGGGGAAAAAACAAGGGGCAGAGGAGGCGGAGAGCAACAGCGCCGAAGAGGAGGAAGCGAAUGACAGAAAGGAAGAGGAGGGAAAGACACACGAGGAGCUGUGAGGAAAGAAUUUUUCGAAAAGGGCAAAUGCAGAAGACAACGCAAAACCUCAGCUUCAGAUUUUGGCAGGAAAUCUGCAAAUCAACGGACGGAAACUGAAAUUAUGCGGAGAGACAUGUUUUCAGAUUUAUUCCACAAUCUUGUCAUAGUUUACAUUGAGAGUUACAACAGUGUGAUAUGAUGCUUUAUACAAUUUAUCACUAAAAUCCUGUUAUUUUAAUGAACUGUUGCACCUUUUUUAAAUCACUCAAAUAUUUGGAUGAUGGUUUGAAGCCCUGAUCCUAAAACAUAUGUUACAUCCCUCUUCAUGCAAACUUUAUAUGGUACAUAGGAACUUUUUUUAAAGAUCUUUAAAUGCAAUAUGUACAGUUUUUCAUGUUGAAUAAAAUGCUUUUUAUAUUAA